AUGGGCAUUGAAAUGCAGGAAGAGCAACCAGUUCUGAGCUGGGGUGGAUUCAACUCGAUCUUGUAUCCUGAACUUCCUUCUGCGAGCAAAAUUGGAUACUGUCCUAUGAUCGAAGGCCGACUCCAUCAUCACCUUUGCCCUUGCUAUCUACACGAAGGCGAAGCAAAUUCAGAUGAAGUUUCCGGAGGAGUUUUCAGGCACUGUCAUUCGGCUUGGGGGAUUCCACAUAGCUCUCAAUUUCCUCUCUUGCAGCUUGGAAAGAAGUUUUGCAGUUCUGGAUUGGAAGACCUUAUUGAGUCUGGUGUAUAUGCAGGGGGGACAGCCUCAGCGGUAAUGAAGGGGAAGUCUUACAACAGAGGAAUUCAAGCUCACAAACCAGCAAUGGAGGAUUUUUGCGUCAAAGAUGUUUGCUUUCUGGGGGAGUAUGGGGAAAUGGUGAAGCUGCUUCUUCAAUUUGUCAAAGCUGAAAGAACUGGAAAUUGGGAACUACAUCUGUCAAGUGUGUCAGCUAUGGUUCCACAUUCCUUCAUGAUGGAUAGGCCAAACUAUGCACGCUGGCUCCCUGUAUACAUAAUGGACAUAAGGCAGUUGGCCACCAAGCAUCCUCAAGUUCAUCAAGAAUUUGUGAAUGGUUAUCAUGCAGUUAGUCGCUCUGGUAAGCCCUUUGCCCAGGUGUGGACAGAUAUGGCACUGGAACAGACCAUAAAAGCAGACUCCAAGUCAAAAGGGGGAAUAAUUGGUAUUUCCCAGAAUCCUGGUACGCUAGAUUGUUGGUUCCUCACCAGUCACGAGCGUGCGUCAGUUACUACAGCCCUUAAAAAUAUGUUUACCCAAGAGCACGACCAUGUAGACAUACACAAGAGGCUGGCGCAAAACGGGUAGUGCGCGAUGAGGCUGAU